GCCAUGUACACAGACCUCAGGCUGAUAAUGCCAAUGUGGAUGACUGUGGUGCUUUUUAAUAAAAUUGACUCUGUACAGACGUACGAUGUCAAUCAGCCGAACCCACUGAUCACGGCUGAUGUUGGUGAUAACGUGACUCUGCACUGCUUUAGACUGAAAGAGGAAACUGCUGGAGCCAUCGUUUGGUACAAGCAGAAAUUAGGACACGAGCUUCGUGUAAUGGUCACAGUUCAACAGGAACUCAAUUACGAAGAUGAGUUCAAAUCACCAAGAUUCAGCAUCGAGAAAGAAAAAGGGAGCUGCCAUUUAAAAAUUGAUCAUGUGGAGCCAUCGGAUGAAGCCAUGUAUUACUGUGGAUUUAGAAAAUUUUUAACAACUUUUGGAAAAGGAAGCUUUUUAUCUGUGAAAGGUGAUGGAGAUGUAGAAGUGUCAGUAUCACAGAGCAGUGUGUUGGACUCGGUUCCUGCAGGAGCGUCAGUGACUCUGCAGUGCUCGGUUCUCUCUAAGAGCAGAGCAGCAGAACUCCAAGUGCUCUGGUUCAGAGCUGCUCCACCACAAUCCCAUCCUCAAAUCAUUUACACUCAUCACAACAGCAGCCAUCAGUGUGAGAGCCGGUCUUCUACACACACCUGUGUGUACAACUUCUCCAAGAACAUCCUCAGCCUCAAUGAUACUGGGACUUACUACUGCGCUGUGGUACUGUGUGGAAAGAUCAUUUUUGGGAACGGAACACGAGUACAACUGGAGAAACAUGUGGAUCCUGUAGUGAUCUGCCUCUCUAUAGCUUUGGGUGUGUGUGUGGUAGUGAUCACUGUUCAAGCUUUUAUAAGCUGUAAGUGGAGAAACUGUCAGCAACAUACACUUUCAAAUGUAUCCCCACAGGUUCCUGUGGACUCUAUGGAACUGAAUUACGCUGCCUUACAUUUUAAGAAAAAUCAAACUAAAACAGAAAGACAGAAGAGAAAGCAGCCUCAAGAUACUGUGUACUCUGAUGUCAGAUCUCUCACUACUACUUAG